CAUUGGAGGCUCACGCUACCGAGCGAGCUGCAUCGACAGCUUUGAGUCAUCUCUGUCAUUGCGAGACAUUUACGAGCCUGUAAUCUCCACGGUUCUCACAUUUCUUUCCCUAUCAAGCGGAUACCAUGAGUGAGUACUUCUCGCUGUCGGAGUGUGAUGUAAUUGGCUUUGAUCUGGAUCAUACUCUCUGUCGAUACCAUUUGAAGGAGACCUCCAGGCUGAUCUAUGAGAGUUUUGCACGGUAUCUGGUGGAACAUAAAGGUUAUGACAAAGAUCUGCUUCAUUUGACACCUGCUACUUGGGAUUUCUGUUUUAAAGGUCUUGUGGUGGAUCUUGAGGAGGGGAACCUGAUCAAGUUGGCAGUGGAUGGUACUGUCUUGCGGGCAACUCAUGGCACUAAAACCCUUAGCAAUGAUGACAUAAGAAAGCUUUAUGGUCCUAAAAGAGAAUGGAAGCAUUUUAAUAGCCUGAAUACCUCAUACACACGAUCUGCAAAAUACUAUUUUUAUGACAACUAUUUUGACCUCCCUGGUGCCCUUCUCUGUGCCAGAGUGGUGGACAUGUUAAAUAAGCGAGGAGCUGAAAUCACGUCUGACAUUUGGAAAGACAUUGUUGCUGCCAUUGACCAUAAUUACAACACAUCUGCUUUUCGGGAGGAUGCAGGGACGUAUUUCCCUAGUGUGAAGCGUAAUCCCGGCCGUUACCUACAGCCCUGCUCAGAUGCGGUGAAGAGAUGGUUGAGGACCAUGAAAAACAGUGGUAAAAUCUUGCUGCUCAUCACGAGCUCACACUCCGAUUACUGCAGACUAGUGUGUGAGCACAUACUGGGGAAGGACUUUGAGGAGCUGUUUGACAUCAUUAUCACUAAUGCUCUGAAACCUGGAUUCUUCUCUCUUGUUCCACAGCAAAGACCUUUCAGAACACUGGUGGAUGAUGUUGAAGAUAGUGAGGGUUUGCCAUCUCUGGAAAAACCUGGUUGGUAUUCUCAGGGCAACUGGCCUCAUCUACAUGAACUAUUGAAGAUCAUGAGCAACAAAUCAGAGCCAAAGGUGGUGUACUUUGGAGACAGCAUGCGCUCAGACAUGUUCCCGGCCUGUAGCUUUGGAAAGUGGGAGACGGUGAUGAUUGUGGAGGAGAUUGAGGGGGAGGGGACCCCCUGUAACAGCCUCGCCCCAAGUGAAGGUCCUGUAGAGAAGAAGGGCAAAUUUGAGGAUCAGGGAAUGAAGUCUCCUUCAGCUGUGUCAAAUCAGUGGGGCUCAUAUUUUGUCGAUGUGCAAAAGAAUGAAGGAGAGGAGACACAGAGUCUCACCUGGUGUUGCCACAGUAUCCACACAUAUAGCACCAUGGCUAUACCAAGCAUUGAGGCUAUAGCAGACCUUCCUUUAGACUUUAAGUUCCAGAGAUUUUCUCCAGAAAAGCCCAGCACAACAGGUUAUUACCCCAGACCUCCGGACUCGCUGCUGAAACGUGAACAGAGCCAGUCCUGAAUUCUCACACCUGUUCAGCACAGUCCAGGAGAUUGUCCCACUAUUGAGUUCUCCAGAUUCACUUAGAGCUAGGCCAUCCAUUCUUUCCAACCAGUGAUUAAAGCUGUGUGAAUGUAACACCCUGGACAGUGUCUGUGUAUUAUCUUCUUACCCCUACAAGCACAAGUACAGUUGAAGUCAGAAGUUUACAUGCACCUUUGCCAAAUGCAUUUAAACUCAGUUUUUCACAAUUCCUGACAUUUAAUCGUAGAAAACAUUUCCUGUCUUAGGUCAUAGGAUCACUACUUUAAUAAUUUUAAAUGUCAGAAUAAUAGUAGAGAGAAUUAUUUCUUUCAUCACAUUCCCAGUGGGUCAGAAGUUUACAUACACUUGCCUUAUAAUUGUUAACUUGGGUCACCCAUUUUUGGUAGCCUUCCACAUGCUUCUUACAAUAAGUUGCUGGAAUUUUGGCUCAUUCCUCCAGACAGAACUGGUAUGAGUCAGGAUUGUAGGCCUCCUUGCUCGCUCAUGCUUUCUCAGUUCUGCCCACAAAUUUUCUAUCAGAUUGAGGUCAGUGCUUUGUGAUGGCCACUCCAAUACCUUGACUUUGUUGUCCUUAAGCCAUUUUUCCACAACUUUGGAGGUAUGCUUGGGGACAUUGUCGAUUUGGAAGACCCAUUAGUGACCUAGCUUUAACUUCCUGGCUGAUGUCUUGAGAUGUUGCUUCAAUAUAUCCACAUCAUUUUCCUGCCUCAUGAUGCCAUCUAUUUUGUGAAGUGCACCAGUUCCACCUAUAGCAAAACAUCCCCACAACAUGAUGCUGCCACCCCCCUGCUUCACGGUUGGGAUGGGGUUCUUCGGCUUGCAAGCCUCAACAAUGGUUAUUAUGGCCAAAAUGUUGGAAAAAUCUUUGUCCCCAUGUGCACUUGUAAAGUAUUGUCUGGCUUUUUUAUGGGGGUUUUGGAGCAGUGGCUUCUUCCUUGCUGAGCAGCUUUUCAGGUUAUGUCAAUACAGGACUCAUUUUACUGUGGAUAUAGAUACUUGUCUACCUGUUUCCUCCAGCAUCUUCACAAGGUCCUUUGCUGUUGUUCUGGGAAGGAUUUGCACUUUUCGCACCAAACUACAUUCAUAUCUAGGAGACAGAAUGUGCUUCCUUCCUGAGCAGUAUGAUGGCUGCGUGGUCGCAUGUUGUUUAUACUUGCAUACUAUUGAUUAUACAGAUGAACGUGGUACCUUCAGGCAUUUGGAAAUGGCUCCCAUGGAUGAACCAUCUUGUGGAGGUCUUGGCUGAUUUCUUUUGAUUUUCCCAUGAUGUCAAGCAUUAGUUUGAAGGUAGGCCUUAAAAUACAUCUACAGGUACACCUCCAAUUGACUCCAUUUAGCCUAUCAGAAGCUAAUUGUCUAAAACUUGACAUUUUCUGGAAUUUUCUUAGUCAAUGUAAACUUCUGACCCACUGUAAUUGUGAUAUAGUCAAUUAAAAGUGGAACAAUCUGUCUGUAAACAAUUGGUGGAAAAAUUACUCAUGUCUUCCACAAAGUAGAUGUCCUAAACAACUUACCAAAUCUAUAGUUUGCUAAUAUGAAAUCUACGGAGUUUUAAUGACUUCAACCUAAGUGUAUGUAAACUUCUGACUUCACCUUUAUACUGUAACUGAAGGUGUUUGUCUGUUUGUGACUAGACAUGCAUUGAUCAUCGGAUGUACAAGGAAGUUACCAUCUAUUGUGUCUGACACAGUUUACUCACAACAACACAUAUUUGUAAUCAGUAGAGCGUUCUCACUACCAUUGAACUACUAAAGGUAUAGUUCACCCAAAAAUGACAUUUCUGUCAUCAUUUGCUCAUCCUCAUUUUGCAUAUACUGUAAUGAAAGCAAUGUUGACUGGGUCUGUCAAGCUCCAAAAUGACAAAAAUGCACAAUAAAAUUAUCAUAAAAUUACUCCAUAUACUGUAGAUAGUAAAUGAUGACAAAAGCUUCAUUUGUGGGCAAACUUUACCUUCAAGGAGUACAAAAUAAAAACAUAGUUUACCCAUGAGCUGUGUAUUUAACCUCGAAGGACGUGUUUUGGCAAUACACUGUGCUUUUAUGUAAUUUCUUUCUGCAAGAAAGCCAGGCACAAAUGACGUUGAAUAUCCAUGCGACCAAGAAACUGCCGUGAGUUCUUUGCUUUUCUUGUGAUUGUUGAAAGUGUUGCAAGUGAACUGCGGGUGCUGAAACUGGUUCACAUUAGGGCCAGUGUAUUGUAGUAUAUUGAAGAUUGUUUACUUUCCUGCAUUUGAUUGUGAUUCCUCACCCAACUCUUUAUUAAAGUUAUUUACUGUACUCUUUGAGAGUUGCUAUGAGAAAUGAGAGAGAUGGUGUGUACAGUUCAUUAUAUUCCCUAAUGCAGAUGAAUUAUUAAGUGUCCACUUGACUUCUUGCACAAAUGCCUUUUGUUUCAGGUCUUCGUUGUUAUUGAAUGAAAAAGGGUGAAUACUUAAGAAUUUCUCUGUGUAUGUAAUGUUAUAGUAAAGGUGUAAAACAUAUUGUGUUGUUGGGUGAUAUUCAAUGUAAACAGCCAACGUUCUCUCAUGCACAGUGGCAGUGUUGAAUGGUGCCAUGCUUUACCCAGCCAUUUAGUGGUUUUAUGUGUCAGAGCACAUGUCCAUCUAAAUCCCAUUACUUGUUUCAUGUGUGUGCUGGUCCUGAACAUUGAUAAUGAUUUGUUAAAUAAAUGUAAGUGGAUUUUAUGUUUUUAUGUUGAGUGGUCUGAUGGGGUUUUCAUAGUGGUAGGCUGUAAUGGUUUUAACAUAAAAAAAAAAAAUGGUACAGUGUUAAAAGACAAACUGCAUGUGAUUUUGUUGUUUAACAAAGUUGAGUUUUAAGUGACGUGUUCCAUCACUGGGCAGCUUCAUAAAGUACAGCGGUGUGGAAAUCCUCAUCAGAGCUAUGACCUACUUUUCUCUGUUGAUUAAAACAAAUUAUAUAUAUAUAUAUAUCUUCUGCUGUAUGUGGUGAACAGCACUCGUGAUUGUUAAUUGAGUACAGGGAAAGUGUUCAUAUGUGCAGAAAUAAAAAAAAAUAAAAAAUGUA